AGGGCAAUGUUUCGCGCCAGAGCCAGUUUUAGCCGAUUUUCAAAGCGAUUGAAGCAAUUCCAGACCAGUCCAUUUUGCUCCAAAUCUCGCAUUGGGACCAACAAGAACAGCAACAACGGCGAGAUCAAUGGGAUCAACAAGGUGGAGUCGGAUUUCAGCAGCUACAAGGAGGCGUACAAGCAGCUGGAUAACUUGGACUUCAUGACCGCCUCCAAAAUCCUCUUCACUGAACCUCCCAAGAAAAAGGAAUUUGGGAUUGAUUUCCAUCUGGUUCAGCUCUUCUUUGUUUGCAUGCCGUCUUUGGCUGUUUAUCUGGUGGCCCAGUAUGCUCGUUAUGAAAUGAGGAAGAUGGAAGCGGACCUGGAGCUGAAAAAGAAGAAAGAAGAAGAGACAGCUAAACAAAUAAAGUUAGAAGAACGUGAAGAAAUUCAUGAUAAGAACCAGGAGCUUCAAGAGGUAAAAACAAGACUUUAUAAACUUGAGGAGACUAUAAAAGAAAUUGCUGUUGAAUCCAGAAAACAAUCAGGGAGUGGUAUUGUCACAAAGAACUCUGAAAAGGCUCAAGGCGUUGAUAAAACCAAACAUGGGGCAAAUAUUGAUCCUAGCAAGUCUAUGGAUGACCAUCUUGGUGGACAAAAGAUAGUACCGGCUCCAGUUUUGCCCAAAAGUCGUGCAUCUACAACAGGAGAAGAUAGUAAGCAUCAAAACCAAGGUGGAGCAUCUUCUCCAGAUUCCAAGAGUUGAGGAAGACGUCUCUUAAUAUUACUGCAAUAUCCUGCGCAUGGUACUUUUACUUUUUGGUGAAGCUAGAGAAAAUAAGUGAACCAUGUUGCCAAGAAUCCAAUGGUUCCAGGUUUUGUUUAAUAACUAUAUUUCUUGAUGCGGUGGGUUUGAUCAUCACCAAUGUAAAUGGUUAAUAGGCAAAGGAUUGAUGCCCAUUUUGUUACGAAAAUUAAUGACCUGAUUAGCAAUCAAUUUCUGUUUGUGUCAUGGAAAUGUACUUAGAUACAGAGAAUUUUUACUCUCUUCGUCUAUCGAGGCUGCUACAGUGUGGUUGACAAUUUUUCAUGGUUGGAUAUAUGAAAAAAACUGUAAAAAUAUCUCAAUUUAUCUACUAGUUGUUAAAAAACAUGCAAAUUCAUUCAAAAGAUACUAUUUUGAAGUAAAUACGUUGUAGUGGUUUCAUUUGAAUAACUUCUUCUUUUUCCCCUUUUCCAUCAGAAGUAUACAGUAGGCGGUGGAAUGGGAUUGAACUAGUAGGCAGUGGAAUGGGAUUGAACUAGAUGACAAGUCAUUGUCAUCAAGUGGGCAGCUUAGUGGUUGUCUUCCUGCUCAUCAUCAUGCAGUAUUGCAGACCCAAAGUUGAGGUGCAUAAUCAAAGGCUAUGAUUCUUCAAUGUUGCAGAAUGGGCAGUCUAACCCAAAUAAUGGACAUCCCAACUGAUGAAGUAACAAAGCAACAGAUGGCCAAAACCCAAAGUUUGCUCAGUCCUUUUCAGAAAGGUUGUGUGGUAUGUAUGAUAAAGUAGGAGAUUUUUUAGUCAUCAAAUUGUCUUAAUAGCAGGAUUUCUGUUACUUUUACAUCUUGAUACUAGAAGAAAUUAGCUCCAUUAUUAUGACUAAUGAUCAUGAGUUAGAUAUAUGAUUAAGAUGAACAUGAUUUGUUUGGGA